AUGCCACGGCGCGGCAUUCGACAUCCUCCGAGAUCUAAAGCAUCUUAUAAUGCUUCAUCGAAUCAAUUACCACCUAAUUCGGCUUCAAUAGCCUUAACAGUAUCUAAUCUAAGUACGCCGGAGGGAGAUAUAUCCAAUAACUCUGCAACUACGCCGAUGGAAUCUACAUCGAACCCUAAUACUCAACCUAAACCGGCCGUAUCAGCACGGAAUCUUGAAAAGGCACAUCAAUUAAUAGACCGAGCGCAACAAAAAGGGAUAAUUGUUCAGAGAAAAGCAAUUCAAGAUGCAAUUGAAUUGCUUUAUCCAUAUCCUCCUCGUCCCGGGCAGCUUAAGGCUUUAUAUCAUCUUCUAUUCCUUCGCCAGGAUCUUAUUCUUAUUGCAAAGACUUCUUUUGGCAAGAGUAUGAUCUUCCAGGCUACAUCAAUGCUGUUAGCACAAACAGUGAGCUUUAUUAUUGUGCCUCUGAAGCGAAUUGGUUAUGAACAAGUUGCAAAUAUAUCUCGUCUUAGAGGAAAGCCAUGCUUUCUAGAAAAGGAUACAAUCAACUCCACUAUACUAUGGGAGAUUCAGCAUAGGAAAUAUACGCAUGUUUUCCUAAGUCCGGAGCUUGCAGUCAGUAAAAAGAUGCGGCCGGUCAUCAUUAAUUUAGCUAAUCAAGGGUGUAUUGCAGCUGUUUUUAUAGAUAAAGCUCAUCUAGUAGCACAUUGGGGUGCUAAUUUCCGAAAAGACUAUGCUAGCUUAGGGCUAUUAAGAUGUCUUAUAGGACCUAAUGUGCCUUGGGGCGCAUGUUCAGCUACUCUCGACCAUUCAACACUAACUCAGCUCAUCAAAGGGGCUUUUUUUAAAGCUGAUGUUAAAAUACAGCGCUCAUCUAUUGACCGGCCGGAGUUGCUUUUCCGUGUUGGUAUUAUUCCCAAGAACUCCCGUGCAAAAUUUAAUGCAUUGAGAUUCCUAUUUGGACCUACCACAGAUUCUGAUGCUAUUAUUUCGUCCUCCGAUAUACCAAAAACGGUUAUUUUCUUCGAUUCCAAAAAGGAAGUCCACGCUGCGCAUAAGGCUAUGAUUCAAUACCUAAUGGAUCAUCCUUGUUUUCAAUACUCUAAGCAGCACUGUGUCUCCAUUCUUAAGACAUAUACUCGGGAUACAGCUACCAAAGACCAGGAAUUAACGGUAGCAGAGCUACAGAAGCCAGGCUCUGAGUCUUGUAUUCGGGUGAUCUUUGCAACAGAAGCACUUGGUAUAGGAGUUGAUCUACCAGAUAUCCGACGGUGUGUUUUAUAUGGAUUACCAAAGAAUCUACUCCCAGCAAUCUAUCUACAACGGGGAGGUCGAGCUUGCCGUGAUGGUAAAGAAGGAGAGAUUAUCCUUCUUGUUGAUCAAUGGACAAUUGGAGAACGUCCAAAUAUAAUACGAAAUCAAACCUCUAUUGGUUCCGAUGAACUGGACGAGCCAGAGAGUAAUCUAACAACUAAUACUACUAAUAAUAAGCCUUUAUCUAAAAGAGCUUUGUCCGAAAAGGAACGGUUACUAAAGCUACCUCAACUUUGGUAUGAUAUUUGCAAUCAUAUUAAAUGUAUCCGGCGUACGGUGCUUUCUUACUUUGAAGAACUAGAUGAGUUCUGGUCGGUUGAGCCAUCUCGGUGUUGUAGCCACUGCAAUACCCAUUUUCAACUUCAUGAUCUUGAUCAUGUUCGAUAUUAUAUCUAUUCCGAACGUGGACCAGCAUAUGGAAAGAAACAGAAGGCCAUCUAUGCUGAUCUCCAGGCCUGGGUGCAGCUUCAAUUACCACAGAUUACAACUCGAUUCUUGUUUACUCCGAAUGCUAGUUGCUUCCUUGAGGAUUCAAUCUGUAUUCUUCUUGCCCGGAAAGCCAAUGAGGUUUUUACUACAUCCGAUCUUCAGCAAGUACUUGGUCCUUGGAGAUAUUGGGAUACUCAUAGUGCACAAUUACACAGUAUUCUCCAGGAUAGUUGGAGAAAACAUCAAAUAGCACAACGAAAUAUUACAUACUCUUCACAGAGUAGUAAUAAUACACCAUCGCAAUCACAAUAUACACCGGUACCAGGGCUAUUGAUGACACAAAACACUAUAGAUGACUCCGAAUUUCAGCCAUCUACCCCUAUAACACCUGCGCCGUCCCAAGGUGGUGUUAAACGGCGGCGAGCACUACAGCCUAUAUCAGAGAAUACAAGGAAGCUACGGCCAUAUAUUCACAUAAAACCGGGACUCAUUGAUUCAAAUUUUUUAAAAAAAAGAGGGGAGCAAAACCACCUCUAA